CCCAUUGGCCCCAGUGUGGGAGAGCAGCUGGUGACUCACCUCCUCAGGCCGUGAGGAGGAGCCACAGGGCGGAGGCUGAGCAGCAUUCGCUCUGCGGCUCUGAGACAGAAUCAGUUCCAGACUCGGUGCUGACUCUCACACAACAGGACAUAAAACCCAGAACGACUCGGAGAUCCAGAACACACAAGAGAGGACUGGAAGGAGGAUUGUUGAGACGCUGUCCCAGGACUGAAAGAAGGGAGAGACAGGAGGUUGAAGAAACUUGUUUGGCAGGAUUCCUUUUCUUUUUUGCCUGUGUGUUGUUGGAAGGUGAUAUUUCCUCGUCCCUCUAGAAAAGAAUACUUUGCACCCUGCGAGGUUUCUUCUUGCUCAACAGGUGCAUUCAACCGUUCAAAUGGGGAACUCCACCGACCUGCAGGAAAUCGAGGAUUGUUUGGCCACAAACAAGAAGCUGUAUAAGUUCUAUGCGGCUGUCAUGAUUCUGAUUUUCAUCCUGGCUCUGCCUCUGAACGCGUCCGUCCUCCACCUCUUCAUUUUCAAGCUGAAGUUCUGGAAAUCCAACAGCAACAACAUCUUCCUCUUCAACCUGGUGCUGGCUGACAUCCUGCUGCUCUUCUGUUUGCCCAUCAAGGCGUACAACUUCAUCCACGGGGAGCGGAGGAGCAAUAACGACGUGGUGUGCAAGGCCAUGCUCUUCAUGUUGUUCUUGAACCGAGGGGCCAGCAUCGCCUUCCUCACCGUGACCUCCAUAGAUCGAUACUUCAACGUGGUGCACCCGGGCCGGAAGAACCUGCUGCGCGCCCUGAAGAAGUCUCCUCAGAUCUCGAUCAUCAUCUGGCUGCUGCUGCUGCCGCUCACCAUCCCCACCAUGCUCGAGACCUUCGAGUGCUGCAACAGCCACAAGGGAAAUGACACUCUGAUCGAGAGCGUGGUGGACAGUCUGAGGGAGGUGGUGUUCUUCACUCAGAUCCUCAUCCCCUUCGUCAUCCUGGUCUACUGCACGGCGCGCAUCGUCAACCGGCUCCGGAAGAAGACCGUGGGCGACACGACCAAGCUGAAGAGAGCCGUCUUCCUGGUGUCCUCCGUCAUGGUGGUCUUCUCCGUCUGCUUCCUCCCCUGCACCAUCGCCAGGAUGCUGCUGCUCAUCGUCCGGGUCCGAGACAAGAGCGACGGGCUGCAGGACGGAGCUGCCGUGGCCUUCGACGGCCUCAUGGUCCUCUCCUACAUGGACUGUCUCCUGGACCCGCUGGUCUACUGCUUCUGCAGCACCAAGUUCAAAGGUCUUUAUCUCUCCAAUUAUUUCCCCUUCCUGGUGAGAGGAGAUCCGCUGCCGAUAGAAAGCUCGACAGGAAACACGCCGAAGCCGCAACGCAACAACGUGAUUUGAAGUCGAUGGACAGCUGCUGCAUGUUGUGUGUUUUCUCUCCAACAUGAAACUGUUUAAAUGCCCCAAAAUAUGACUUUAUGACAAUAGGUCAGUGACAGGAUCGGCUGCUCCUUCCCAUGCUUGUUUGUUGGUUUUUACGCUGCCGUUUGAUUUGUUUACUAAUGUCACAACGCUAUGAACUCUGGGUAACCCCCCUUAGCGCGGGACUGGACAGUUUCACAGUGGGUCGGUCCUGACGGUCACUUACCAGGACUAUGCCUCAGAGUCCAUGAGUCCUUCAGGGGCGACGUGGGAGUGGAGACGCGUCGUCCAUCUUUACUUAUCUAUGUUUUGUCUAGAUCAUAUUAAUGUUGGUGGAUUUUUUCUUGAGGGAAACAUAAGGGUCUCUUAUUAAGGGCGAUACCUCCCAGCUAAAGUAUGCACAUCUGUUUCUCCUGUUUGGCUUGGACAAUGAAAUGAGCGGCCGAGUUUCGACCACGAGAGAUUCCUUCCAAGCGCAGGAAUCUUAUCUGUCAAACCAGUCUGAGCUCCCACUGUGAAACAAGCCCCAGUGGUUUGGAUUAAGACUUGGUGAAUAAAACCAAACCACCACGAAAAAGAAGACGAGAGAAGAAGAGUUUCUAUCAUAUUCACAAGCAUGAAUUCCUGGAUUUGUCAAAUCAGAUGUAUAUGUGACCAGAGUUUAUCAAAAAGGCCCCCCACAGGAAGCUGCUCAUUAAUAGGGAUUUAUGAAUUGUACAACUGUUUAUACUGUGUAAAUAUAUAUAGAGACAGAUGGGUGGAUUUAUACUGUAAAUAUCUUUUUCUUUUUUUAAGCAAGUUUUAAUAAACCAUCCCUCUUUGUGUUGGGAAGCUCUUCACAAACCUGUGGUGAUUUAAAGACAUAACUUAAUAAUU